UGUACAUGCACGCCAAUGCACACGUAGGGUGACCAGAGACCGGACAAGGGGGCACGCGCGCGCGCCGCCAUGCAGCCGGCGCCGCCCGCCCGGACCGCCGGCUGGCUCCACCGCCCGCUCCCGAGAGAGCGGCCGCACCUGACCCGCUGCACCAAGAUCGUCUGCUCGGCCUUCCUCACCCUGCUCCUCGUCGCCGGCGUGCUCCUCUUCGUCGCCUACCUCGCCGUGCGCCCGCACCGGCCGCGCUUCCACGUCGUCGCCUUCUCCGCCGCCGGCAUCCAGCCGGCCGGUGGCGCCAACGCCGGCGUGGUCUUUUCUGGGCAGCUCUCCAUCCGCAACCCGAACCGGGACGUGGCCUUCUUCUACGACCGGCUCUACAUGUCCGUGCUCUACCGCCAGUACGGCGCCGUCGUCAGGGACCACGACCUGGCCGGCGGGGCGCCCAUGUACCAGCCGCCCAAGACCACGACGCCCCUCGCCUUCGAGGGCGUCGCCGUGCCGGCGGGCCCCGCCACGGCCGACAUGGCCAGGGCGGCCGCGGAGGCGGGAGGUGGCGCGGUGGAGUUCACGGUGAGGGUCCGGUCGAGGAUCCGGGCCAAGGUGGCCGUCUGGGGGUCCCACUGGCACCCGCUCCACGUGGACUGCGACGUGGCCGUGGGCCCCGACGGGCAGCUGCUGCCGGAGGCCCGGCAGAAGCGCUGCGCCAUAGACUUCCUCUAGGUGCAGUCCGCCUGCAUGAGUACGCACAUAACAAGCGUUUAGUAAUAACAUUCCAAUGUAAUCUGCCGGCAAGUAAUUAACAUCAUAUAAUUCCAAAUCAAACCCAAACCAAAUCCUUGAUUGUGGGGCCCAUCACCUGUUGCUUCUGUGUAUAAUUCCAUUGCCUCCUCCAUGACUUUGGGCUGUGAUAAAAGCCUUGCUCUUCUCCUCCACGAUGGAUGAGUUUUGAAUGGGAAGAAAGAGAGCAAAUCUGUCAACGCCGACUCCCCUUCCAUCCUUCCUACCUUGCCAAAGAACAAAGGGGCAGCGUGGGGGUCGAAACCAGCAGCAGCCAGUAGCAUCAUUCCAAUGUAG